CUCAGCGCCUGUAAGCAUGAAUGGAGGCCCGCUCUUUCCCAGCGCGGGCAAGGGAAUCGACGCGAGCGCACGUUAAUACCCCAAGACGCGGCGGAGGAUGAGGACGACGAAUGACGAGGGCAAGAGGGAACAAGGAUCAGAAGGAGGAAGAAAGAGGGUAGGGUGAGAGAACUGAUGCGAAGGAGAAUAGCGAGCAGCGUCAGCAAGACGAUGCGUGUUCUCUGCUGGUCGCCGGGGGUGCCGACUCCGUCGGUGUCCAGAGCGUGCCAUGCUAGCAUCAGCGAGGGCACAAUUGCUGACCCUGCCCCGCCGCGCCUUGGUAAUCACGGGAGCCCUCCUUCUCCUCCCUGCCGCCCGAUAUAUGAAACGACGGCGAUACUGGCGGUCGGUGCAGAGGCGGGUCACUUAUCGACCUCCUCGCUGAGGCAACGAAUUAGGUGCGCAAGUAUCUCCUCACGUCAACCACUCUGCCAUCGUUCUCUCGACUGUGCAAGCACGCAAAAUCUCGAAUUGAUGGUCGGCGUGCCGAAGUAUUCGACGGAUGCCUCUAACAAUGGCGCUGGGGAUAUUCUUGGGAUACGUCGAGAGAGCGAGAGAGAGAGAGGGAGAGAGAGAUGAGAGAGGGAGGGAGAGAGAGCGAGAAGGAGAGAGGGAGAAGCAGACAGAGCAUUUGAACGAGGCUGGGACGAGCACCGGGGAGGCGAGCGCGCAUCGGUGGCUGGUGGCGCAAUCUGCCCCGUCAGCGCUUCCCCAUCGUCCAGGCGUGGCGGCGCCGGGGGCGAGUAAAAACGUACUGCUUGCCGCGACAGUGCUGAGCGGGCCCCGUGGAGCGGAGGAGGAGGAGGAUGAGGAGGAGGAGGAGGAGGAGGAGGAGGAGGAGGGGGAGUAGGAAGAGUAGGAGCGCGCGCCAGCCGCAGCUGGCCCCGCUGGCCCCGCUGGCUGUACAGGGUCAUCCUAUGUGUCUAACGGCCGAGCUGCAGGCCGGGGGCCAGGUGCUGGGGCCGAAUUACCACAUCCGCCCCC